CAGCAAACACAAUGUCCAAUUCAUAGACUUGAUAUAGAUUUUUUACACAUGGCCAGUUUGGAGGGCUGUGUGAUCUCUGCUUAAGAGGUCCGUAAUUUGAUUAUAAUCUUCUGUUCACUAACACCCUUAAGCAAUAGCCCUGAAGUGUUUGGUUAAAUAAAAAUUCUGUGGCUUCCAUAAUCAAUGAAUUAAUCGAUCUUAUUAUAUCCAACUGAAUCUCUCAGCCUAUCUCAGUUAGUCUUUCACAGACAGCUGUGCUUCUGAUAAACACCAUGUUGUUCACAUGAAACACACAUGCAUUUUGAAUACAGCCAUUCAGUGUGGAAACAGUUUUAAGUGGUUGUCAGUGACAGUUGGGGUGACAGCUACAGAACGUAAGACAGAGUUGUUGAGAGAACAGCCGUAGCUGUUGUGCUUUCUUGCGUGUGCAUGUGUGCGUGUUAUUAGGUUUUGUCUGUCUUGCGAAUACGGCUUAUCUAGGCAGCACAGCCUGGGCUCAGAUCCAGGGAGUGAAUGCUUCAGUGGGCAGGCCCCCUACUCUUUCUCAGCCUAGCCUAGCCAAGCCCACACACCCCACCUCUCCUUCUGGAGGGUUUCAAUGGACCUAAAUAAGGAGAUGUCAGUGACCGCCCCAACACCAGGGGGAGGAAAGUGCUGAGCAGGUAACAGUCCUGGUGAGAGAGCUGACAGAGCCCUGUCAGAGCCUGAGCAAAGAGAGGUUAUCUCAGGAGCCGGUCCCAGCCAUCCCCCUGUGAACCUAGAGAGCUGGGAAACUCGGUGUGGGAGUCGGGAAGAAAAAAGAAACGCGGAGAGGCUCUUUGAUACCAGCGCGGUUGGUAUCUGAAACUUUGAAAGUGUUUCGUACAGAGCGCUGUAGAACAGAUUAGAGCUCAGAGGACGAAACCUGGGGGUGAGCGUGGGCGAGUUCAGUGGAAGUUGUACUGGGAAAAGCUCCCCUCUCUCAGCACAUAGAGUCAGACUCUGUGCUGUAUACCAAAUAAGAACACGACACAGCCACGCCCUCAUGUAGCUGCAGGGGAGGUCAAGCAGCCAUCACUGACAAGUCAUCUAAAACUGUUACAUUGCAUUCAGUCUAAUGUACAUACACAUCAUAAAAGGAAAAAACUGCUGUUGGUACUCAACCUCAUUCUCUGUUUCCACCUAUUCCUACAAACCUCCUUUUUUUACCUGUGACUCAGCAGUGCAAAAGCAGUUGCCGACAACGUGAUUUGAGACUGAAGCUACUCUGUCCACAUGAACUUAUCAGCACUUUGUCACUCUGCAAUGGAGACAGAGACUGAUGGAUGGACUGCUGUAUUUGUUUCGCUACUGCCUCUGAGAACACUUUGUACAGGAUCUCCUCUCAAUUGUAAAACGUGAAAUCGGACUGAAAAGAUAGAAGAACCAACUGGGAAACUCUGCUGUCCAGGCCUGAGAGGAGAGAGUCCAGGUGACAAGUGUCUCCACACAAAGCGACACCCCAACUCUUUUGGUCUGGGUGGGACAAACGUGUUGAUUUGGGCAUCGGUGUUGAUCAUCUGGGUGAGCCAGAUCCAGGUCACCAUGGGCUGCAACAUGUGUGUGGUCCAGAAGCCUGAGGAGCAGUACCGGGUCAUGUUCCAGAAGAGUCAAAUCAGUAGCAUGCUGUGUUCUUUUGAUGCAGACGGUCGAUUGAAGGUGAAUGGUAAGGAGCUGACUCGUCUGUCUGGGGAGCCCAGCCUGGACGUGCGGGACCCCCUGCUGUCCCACAUGCUGAGGCGGGGGGCCAGGCGGAGGGCUGGGCUGGCCGCGGGACUAGGGGGGCCAGGGGCCCUGACUGUGUCCAUGGCUGACUGUGUGGACAGCUGCACCCAGACUGACAUCAGCUUCCAGCACAUGCUGACCCUGGGCAAGAGCAGCCACCACCCCUGUGGGGCCCCACCUCCUCCCCACCCACCCCCCUCCCCUCCUCUUCCGCCCCUGCUGGAGCCCUACCUGCUCAACGAGCUGCUCAUAGAGCCUGAAUAUUAUGAUCCCAACGACUACUUUGACAUCGCUCAUCAUGAGGUGGACAGACAGGAUGAUCUGGAGUAUGAGGAGGUGGAGUUGUAUAAGUCUCGCCAGCAGGACAAGUUGGGGCUGACAGUGUGCUAUAGGACAGAUGAGGAGGAGGAUCUGGGCAUAUAUGUAGGAGAGGUCAACCCAAACAGUAUAGCUGCAAUAGAUGGCCGCAUUCGUGAGGGAGACAGAAUCCUGCAGAUCAACGGGGUGGACAUCCAGAACCGGGAAGAGGCCGUGGCCAUUCUGACCCGGGAGGACAGCACCAACAUCUCCCUGCUGCUGGCCCGGCCUGAGAUUGAGAAUGACAACCAGCUGGACCCAGACGAACUGGACCUGGAGCCUCUGGACAAUUCUGUCCACCUGCCAAGCCCACACAGGCUGAGGAACAGCCCCUCCAUGCUGGGCACGGGACCAGGAGGUGUGGGGGGCAGUGUGAUGGGGGUACGAGGACGCCCCCUGAACAGGGACUCUCCCGGCCUGCUGCAGACCGUGCUGAGUAACAGCCAGGAGCUGGACAGCGGCGUGGGCCGGACCGACGAGAGCACACGCAACGAAGAGUCGUCCGAGCACGACCUCCUGGGAGACGACCAGACCAGCACGUCCAACACCAACGCCACCAACACGCCCGGCAGCAUGCGCAAGUUUCUGUCCGGCCGAGGGGACACCCCACCCCUGAUGCACUCUCGCGACCUCCACUUCAGUGCCGACUCACUGCUGGGGCUGGACUGUGUGGGAGGAGGGGUUCUGGAGCAGGCGGAGAGAGGGGAGAGGGCCUACACGGGAGACCCUGUGAUGAUGAUGAUGCCUGGGCUGACAGAUGAGGAGUACGAGAGGUACAGGGAGCUGCUGGAGAUCAAGUGCUACUAUGAGAAGAACGGUAACGCCCUGCUGCCGCUGGGGGGCCCAGGAGGGGGCGGCGGGGGGCCGUUGCCUCUGGACGUGAACCGCAACGAGAGCAUGAUGCAGCAUGAGAUGGCCCUACUGGAGGAGGAGCUGCGCCACCUGGAGUUCAAGUGCCGCAACAUCCUGAGGGCGCAGAAGAUGCAGCAGCUCCGGGAGCGCUGCCUGAAGGCCUGGCCCCUGGAGGAGGAGGAGGCCGGGGCGGCACGGGUGGCCGGGCCCUCUCUGGUCAUUGAGGAGUCCUGUCACCACGAGCUGUCGGACAUUAACGAGGUCCCUGAGAGAGAGCGCUCCGACAAGGACAGCACCAGCGCAUACAACACUGGAGGAGAGAGCUGUAGGAGCACCCCUCUGGUCAACGAUCAUGGACACAGCCUGGAGGGGGCAGACUCCCAGCUGCAGCCUCGCAUCCCCAGCCGCCACAGAGAGAGGGUGGGGAGGGGAGAGAGGGCCGAGAGGGGACAGGCUAACCUGAACCAGCCGUAUUCUCCAACCAGCCACAGGAGAGGAGUGGGGGCUAAGACCUCCAGCCCAGGGGCCAAGUUCAGAUCCUUGUCCCGUGACAGUGGGGUCAGGAGGGGUUCAGACGGAGCGGCCAAGAGGAGCCCCAAGGCUAACGGCACACCAGAGGGCGGAGGGGGCCGCAGUGCAGAGAACAGCCCCUAUCUGUCUCGCCGCCAGUCAGGCUCCAGGCUGCCCCAGCGCUACCAGAGCUGCAUGCAGCUGCACUCCCCCUCUGCCUCUGAGGGUCUGGGGAGCACAGCCAGAGAGGGCAGCCUGGGGACUGAGGGUGAUGCCAGCCCCAUGAGCCUGGGCAGCACCUGCAAGGACAUCCCCCAGGGCCCAGCACCUGUCCCCCUGCCUGUCCCCCCGCCCCUGCCGCCAGCCUCCCCCCGUAUGGAGUGGAAGGUGAAGGUGCGCAGCGACGGCUCGCGCUACGUGGCCAAGCGUCCCGUGAGAGACCGCCUGCUGAAGGCCCGCGCCAUCAAGAUCCGAGAGGAGCGCAGCGGCAUGACCACGGACGACGACGCCGUGAGCGAGAUGAAGAUGGGCCGCUACUGGAGCAAGGAGGAGCGCAAGCAGCAGCUGCUGCGGGCCCGCGAGCACCGCCGCCGCAGGGAGUUCAUGGUGCAGAGCCGUCUGGACUGCCUGAGGGAGCGCGACAGGGAGCAGGGCGGUGGAGGCCAGCAGGGGGCGCCACAGCCACAGGAGCCUGCCACCAUCCUGGAGCUCUGCCACCGGAGGAGCAUGAAGAAACGAAGUCGCAGGAUCCUCGACAACUGGAUCACCAUCCAGGAGCUCCUGGCUCACGGCACCAGGUCACCUGAUGGGAAGAAGGUUUACAACCCCCUGCUGUCAGUCACCACCGUCUGACGGACAGGACACACUGACGGACAGAGAGCGGAGGAGGAGAGGGAGGGGGAAGCGGUAGAAAUGCGGGACAAAUUCUUGAGAAGGGCUGUGAAGCUCACAGCACCGCCAUCUGUGCUCUGUCACUGUAGAUAGGAGAGAGAGAGGUGGUGUGAGAGAGACAACACCAGCUGCUCCUGCUUAGUCAUCACAGCCUGGAAGAGAGGACGGUACGGCACAGAGAGAACAACCACAGUUAAGCAGAAUGAUUAGAAGCUGCCUGAGUGAUGAAGCAGGUGAGGAACAGAUCAAGCCCACAGAGCCUUCAGAGUGUGUGGUGACUGUGGGUGAUCCGCCAUGUUAGAAGCACACUGGGUACCAAAGGAGGGAAUGCUAACUAUUUCUAGGUACUUGAUGAAAAAUGCCAACAAAAUAGACGGGACAUUUAAAGGCACACAAUAAUCAGUCUGGGCACACUGAGCAGGAGGAACAGGGAAGCACAUGCCUGCUGGGUACGGCACAGUACAAAGGUACUCCCUAGGCACAGGUCACAUGACUGCUACAGGUCACAUGACUGCUACAGGUCACAUGACUGCUACAGGACAUGCGUCUUCGGGAAGGCUGAACAUUGUGCACCUUGCAGAUAGAAGUGAAUAGAAUUUCCUAAUUACUUCCAUGACAGAUACUGUCCUUCGAAAAGGUACGCCAAACUCCCAGCUGUCAGAAUUACUUUUAAUCACCAGAGAUGUUUGCUCAGGUCCAGAAAGACAACACCAGGAUCUGGAGAUGGAUAGGUACAGAUGUACUCUGUGGACCAACCAGACAGUUAGGGACAUCUUGGGUAAAAUACUACAAUACUGCUGGUCAUUUUCUGUGGUACAAAGGAACAAUCAAAGGUUUGAAAGGGGUUCUUCAACAGACUUGUUACCUGCAUGUUCAAUAAAUGUUAAAAACAACUUUUCAUAUACUGUACGUAAGAAAAUAUGAGUCAAAUCAGUGUGAAAUUGUGGACGUGCCUGUGUUUUACUUUUUAUGAACGUGAAAACUGUUAAGACUAUAAAUAUAAUGUGACGUUUGUUCAGUAGUGUUUGUGAUGAGUUCAAUAAACAUUUCACAAAAUGUUUUCUAAUGAAAUAGUUUAAUUCAGGGU